AUGAAGAAAUUCUACAAUGUCUACUUCCUUUGCAGCUUCAUCACCCUCGGUGGUGGUCUCUUUGGCUUCGAUAUCUCUUCCAUGAGUGGGGUUCUCGGGACCAAUGCGUACACAAACUACUUCCGCGUCGGCUCGGGCCAGUAUAAACAGGGUGCCAUCACUUGCGCCAUGCCCUUUGGCUCUCUCGUCGGUGCCUUGUGCUCGAGUUUCAUCGCCGAUAAGUACUCCCGUGUCACCGCCGUCCAAUUCUCCUCGAUCUUAUGGAUCCUAGGUUCGAUCUUCAUGUGUGCUUCGAAUGGAAUUGCUCUGCUGGUUGUGGGCCGUGUGAUUGCUGGUCUCUGUGUCGGUAUUGCCUCCGCCAUGGUGCCCGUCUACCAGGCCGAGGUGGCACCCAAGGAGAUCCGUGGUCGCGUCAUUUCCUUCCAGCAGUGGGCGAUUACUUGGGGUAUUCUCAUCCAGUACUUUAUCCAAUAUGGUGCUAGUAAUGUCGACGGAGGUCCCGACAGCCCAAACCAGAGUACCGCUGCCUUCCGGAUCCCCUGGGGUAUCCAGAUGGUCCCUGGAUUCAUCCUCUUCUUCGGACUGUUCUUCUUCCCCAAGUCGCCCCGUUGGUUGGCCAGUAAGGAUCGUUGGGAGGAGGCCAUGGAGGUCCUGGCGAACCUGCACGGCAAUGGCGACGUGAAUCAUCCUAAGGUGCUGGCGCAGUAUCGCGAAAUCCAGGAGGCUCUGGCCCUUGAGCAGGAGCAGUCCCGCACCAGCUACCAGGAGCUGAUGAAGCCGCGCAUCCUUAAGCGUGUGGUCCUGGGCAUGAGUCUGCAGAUGUGGUCCCAGCUGUGUGGCAUGAACGUCAUGAUGUACUACAUCGUGUACAUCAUGCAAAGUACCGGCACGGGCUCCCCCUUGCUGACGGCAUCCAUCCAAUACAUUCUGAACACCGCCCUCACGCUGCCGGCGAUUCUGUUCCUCGACAAGAUCGGCCGUCGUCCCGCCAUCCUCGUUGGAUUCGCCUGCCAGGCGGCGUUCCUCUACAUCGAGGGUGGCCUGCAGGCCGGUUAUGGAAAGCCGAACCCAGGCACGGAUCCCAAACUGGAUGCUAUCUCGUGGACAGUGGCGGACCAUCCCGCCGUCGGCAAGGCGAUUAUUGCCAUGUCAUAUCUCUUCGUGUGUUCAUUCGCCACCACCAUUGGACCGACCUCGUGGACAUACCCGGCGGAGAUCUAUCCCGCCAAGGUGCGUGCCAAAGCCGUGUCGCUGGCCACCGCCUCCAACUGGACCUGGAACUGCUUGCUGGCGCUUUUUGUGCCUCCUCUUUUGUGGUCAAUUAACUGGAAGAUGUACAUGAUUUUCGCCGCCUUUAAUACAGCCGCUUUUGUCCACAUGUUCUUAACAGCGCCCGAGACCAAGGGCUACACCCUCGAGGAGAUGGACGAGGUCUUUGACAGCGGAAUUCCGGCCUGGCGCAAGCUGAACAAGCGCAGCCGACUGGAAGAGUUGGAGCAGGAGAUUGUCGAGGGGAACAUCAAGGUUGCUGGGACUGGUGAGAAGAUGUAA